AUGCGCAUGGCGUGCAUCCGUUGGACGAUCGAGCGCAUCCAUGCGAGUCACGGAGGGGGGUUAGCGCCAGUCUGGAAGAACACUAUAGACGAGCCUGCGUAUUGGGAGAAGGUUGUGCUGGAAAACAACAUACCCCCGGACUGGAUUGACGACCUCAAGUCCUCGCACUUCUUGAAAGCCGAAGGACGAGACCUGGUGGGGGUGGGCUUCUGCGGAAAACCAAUUUCCUGGGUGGUGGACGAUGAGCUCUACACUUUGCUCAAGCGGAGGGUCGCGCUUUAUUUCAUCUGGGGCAAUGCGCAGGCCUGGAAACAAAAAAGCUUACCUCCAAGGCCAGACUUCUUCUAA